CCCUUUCGGCUCGAGGUGGAGUCCGAGCAGGCAAGUAAGCGCGGCCCCGAGCGGUUAAUCAUGGGACGUACGAGCGGCCAUGAGCGGUUAAUCAUGGGCUACUACUGCAUCCGAUACGCUCUCACAGCCGGCGCCGGGCUCACGGUCGGCUUCUGCCUGGGGGCUGCCGCGGGCCUGGCGAGAUUGUCCGACUUGGCGGGAGCCUCGUACGCAAUCUCCUUCGGUUUCCAAGGGCUGCAGGAAAGCGCAGGGUCGCCGCCCGGGCGGCCAGCCCUGUGCGCGGGCGAGCCCACCACAGGCGUUGGCGUGGCCGUGCCUGUAACGGCAGCGACCGAGCGGGCCAGACCCCUGGUCCUGGCGGCGGCGAGCGUGGCGCAGGAGUUCGGGAUCGAUGGGCUUUGCAAGUAUUUCGGCUGGACAGCUCGUCCAGAGGGUCAGCGAAGACCGCGUCUAUUUUACUGCACCCUCGUCGGGAACAACGGCCAGCAGGACGUCUAUGACCUGACUUUCGCAGAGAUCUAUCCGCUCGUUGAUCGGAUCGUUGCUUUGGAUCCUUUAGUGACCCUGACAGGAGCUCCAAGGCAGCCGAGCUUGAACAUGUCUGACGCGAGGUGGAAGCGCUAUGGGGACAAGCUGCGGCACGUCGUGUUGGAGAAUCCGAUUCCAGAGUGGAACCCCAAACUAUUUCCGAAAUGGUCUUCAGAGCAGCGGGAUAAGUUGAGCAGGCCAGGGCAUCACCAAAGCACGGAUCCGUUCAUCUUGGAGGAGUGGAUCCGCGCCCAAUUCCAAAGGGGCUUGCAGGACUCCGCGGGCACAUGGGAGUUGCACAAAGAGGACAUCCUCAUCGUCGCGGACUCUGACGAAAUCCCGCUUCGUGAGUCUCUUGUUGCCCUCGCUGAGUGUGAGAGCACCGCGUUCGCGGAGGUGAAGCGCAAGCUGGCUGGGGGCAGAAAACCACAAGACGCAUGCGUCAAGGACGCGAAGGUACUGUUGCUUUCCCAAGUGUUUGAGUAUUACAUCGAUUGUCCCACCACCGUUCCUGCGUGGUGGCACCCAGACGCUAUCCUCGCGGUCUGUGUCAUGGAUGGCGGGAUCGACAUGCAGGAGGUCCGCACUGGCAGCUCUGGCAGUAUGACGCCUGUCAUGGCCUCCCGUCACAUCCAUAAUUUUGCGAUGUCUAACGAUGAGGUCAUCUUCAAGUACACGCACUACGCGGAGCCUAGUGUGCCAGGUCUGAAAGAGCGUGUUCUAACGUUGCUGGCAGAAAACCAGGGAGGGUCUAGACGCUGGGCUGUCGGCCCCGACGAUUGACGAGAUGCGCUGGCGAGCCUGCGACCCGAAUGCAUUUGACAUUGGGCCUGGCGGCUGGUACAUGGACGUCGUCAGGCCGUCCAAUGAGCUCGUCAACCCGGCCAACACGCGUGGGUACCACCUGCCCGCGGAGCAGCGGCGUGGGAUCGACAGGCCUCUCGCGCUGCUCGAGGAGAGGCCAGAGUUGGCCGCGAAGAUCUUCUGGAAGGGGCACGACGAGCACGUGAACCCCUUCGUGGGGAAGCCGGGCGGGCAUCACGACUUCUCGCCAGGCUGGGAGGAGAAGCGUCGGAAGCCAGGGUGGUGAUGCUCUCGGGUCGGAUCGGGUCUGGCAUGGCAUUCGGAUGCAGUGCGGAACACCGUUGAGCCCGCGGGCUGAGCUCGGACAUGCCAUGAUGGCGCAUGCGUCCCGCACAUCCAGUACAGCGUUUCGUGGCCCCCUCCUCCCUUCUCCCUGCGUCUCACCCACCCAGCACAGCGCUUCGUGGCCUCACAGGGAGCCCCACC